AUGUCAUAUAACAGUCGUAAAAACCAAAGCACUACUACGUCUACUCGCACAGUAUCAUAUAACUCGGGUGGUUUAAAUGAAAGGUUCAGCAAAAUUGUAAAGAGUGCAGUAGCACAACGCAGGCCAACCACAGUAAACACUACAUCUAGCACGGCCGGUGGCAGCGUGUUUAGCCGUCUUCGAGGAGCAAAGGCUACACCACGUGGAAAGGCUGGAUCAACGAAUAUUCAAAAUCGUCUGGGAAAGACAAACAGCGGUGGUAUCAAAAAGAGAAAAGCAGGAGGACCUAGUUCAAUGGAGGGUAUCGAGAGACAAAAGGGUCGAGUUGCAAAGCGAGCUGUAGGAAAAAAGCAGCCAACAAAGCAAGGCAGUAGCAAGCAAUCACCACAACAAAAGCAAAAGAAAAAGGUGGCCAAGAAGCCUGCAACUGCCGACGAUCUCGACAGAGCACUUGACGCUUACAUGAUGAAAGAUCCCAAGACAGCUCAAGCAAAACUGGAUGCUGAACUUACUUCUUAUAUGGAUGAAGCUGGUGAUGUUUUGAUGGAUGAGAACUUGUAG